AUGGGUGUGGCCUGCUCUACCUUUGUCCAAGACAAAGUGGAGGAUGUGGAACCUUGCUCGAUCAAGAGCGCAGGAGUAGGCAAGGCUUUCAUGCUGCUCGAAUCUGCCCCAUCCGAGCCACUUUGGAAGCAGAUGGCACAAGCCCAGAUUGAGUCGCAGAAGGCUGCGGAGGCAGAGGGAGCAGAGAUUUUGGCACCGCCUGACCUGCUGCUGCAAAUACUUGAGAGGCGGCACGAGCGCAAGGCUGCAGAGGCUAAGUUGAAGGAAUUGGAGAGACUUCAACGACAGAAGGACGAGGAUGAGGCAGCGACCAAGAAAGAAAAAGAGGAGACCAAGAAGGCUGCUCAGGUGCCAAGCAGCAAAGCAAAGCCCAAGACGAAAACUCAAGGUGCUUCCUCCAAACCUGCAGCUCCGAGUCAGCCUGCGAAGCUGACCAAGGACCAGGCCAAAGAUGCGCUCAAUCGAGCUGUCGCGAUUUUCGACAUGCCGGAGAACCGGCGAAAACUGCAAGAGGCUGCUAGCAGCUGCGGUGGUGAUGAUGCCAAAAAGAUGGCAGUAUUGAUGCCUUUGGUGCAAGGAAUGCUCAAGGAUCUUCUGGAGUCUCACGGCUUUACAGGUGAAAGGAUCUUGCAUGCCGUCAUGCAGAUCUCGACCCAUGCGCAAGGAGACAAGAG